GAACUGUAUUAUUUCUGUUGUUUAAUGCUUGAUUGAUGUAUUAGUGUGUACUGAAGAUAUACCCCAGAUAGCCAGCGCUCUCGUUGGGAGAUUAUGAGGGAGAAUAAAAAAAAAGUAUCGUUGUCAAAGGGUCCAUCCUUAGGCCCCUCAUAAGCCUUUUACUACUAUUUCUUUGUGACCUUUUUGUCUGAAAACCUUCCAGUAGAUGACGUAGGGUCAAUUUUUCGAAUCUCCACGUUCUGGUCGCCGGCGGUCGAUACACCAGAGCGUUAGUUGCAGGCGGGCUGCUUGAGUAAACGGAUGGACGCAGGGGUAUUGGCGAUUUUUCCAAUGAUUCCUCAUCCAUUGUUCUUCCCUCGUCAUCCUGUUUUUCUUUUUCUAUUCAUCUAACUCAUUUAGCAGCCCUGUUUCAUAACUUUUGUAAUAAUUUUGCUAAAUGAAAAACGGACCCCGAUUUUUUCCCCACCAUCCCCCAACCUACUGCCAUCUACUGGUCCAUCGAAAUUCACGGUAGUGUCAUCUACCGUGGAUCUCUCAAAAAAGGGUCUACCACCCCUUCUGAGUCAUCGAGCCUAGCUCGUAAGAGAGGUCUAAUGGGGCCCCAUCAAAAAACGACCCUCGAAAUUAAUCCGCUUACUACUGUCGAUGUACUGUCGAUCUUUCUAUUUUGCCACUGUCGACAGUGCCAGAACAGUGGGUCAGCAAUUUUUGUCGACAGUGACACGGCAGCAAGUCGGAUUUUGGCUAUCUGGUACCAGGGUUAUGCCACCAGUAAUGUCAUCAUAAUUCCCAAAGCAGUAGAAAAAACCAUAAAAUAUCAAUCCACUUUGAAAAUCUGCUCAUUUUGUACCGCAGAGAUUCUUCAACGCCUUCAACCAGAGUCGAAGAGUGUCUUCCAAAGGAUUAAAUGUUCCGAAUCCAAGUAAAUGUCUACGAGUCACUCGCACGUGGCCAUUUAUUGUUUACCGAUCGACUCUCGAAUUCACGUGACUUGUCAUCACAUCACAAUCCACUCGAAAUCACUGAUGGGCCCCAGCCAUCGCGUCGGCUCAUCAUUAAUUAUCAACAAUUGUUUUAUGCGCAAUAACAUUGAUUGAACACUAGUAGUUGAGGUUUUUCUGGGAAAAAUGAGAUGAAACUGUGCCCAGGGAUUCUAACCUCAAUAUGGUUCGAUUCAAGCAGCCCACUGCAACCAGCCCCCUGUAACUCUCCUACUUCUCUAUAUAAUAUUGGCGUGCCCGAUCUUGUCUUCAAGUAUGAACUAAACCGCGGGGUGGCGUAUGUGUCACCAGGGAGUGUUUACCGUGUUUACAUUUGGUUGGGAGCCGACAUAACCCCGAGCGAUCAAACAACUUAGUUGAUAGAAGUAUAAAAAAAUCAGAAUAAAUAAAAUUCAAUAAAUAAAAUGAAUAAGAAAAAUUGUGUGACAUUAUGCCAUCGUGUACGAUCAUUGGAUGUACAGUAGGCUAUUCAAGUAACCCCGAUAAAGGGCCUUGUUUUAGUACUCCUAAAGAUCUUGCACGCUUGAAAGAAUGGAAAUUUGCCACAAAAAUGCCUUUGCUCAAGUCAGGAGAUCCAAUUUGUUAUCAACAUUUUCUUGAAAGUGAAAUAGAGAGACAUAAAAUCAUUUAUGCCAUCGAUGGAACAAUAGUACAGAAGAAAGGCGCGAUUCCUUCUCAAUUCGUGUGGACAGGUGUAGACACAGAUGUGAUCUCGAAUAUCUCAAGUAAUUGGGAAUUGCAUGCUACGAAGCAACAUACCAGAUCUUCGAGUUCUUGUUCGACAAGAUCUGACGUUUCGAGUGUUUAUCAUGCAGAGGCUAUGGAGUCACAAGCAAGGCCUCUGAGUGCUUGUUCUUCUAAUUUUGAAAUAGAAAGUGAAACAAUUAACUCCUCCAACCAUUCUUUGGACGACUUGUUCAGGCAAUCUACCACAGUCGAACUUUCUCAGAUUCACCAGAAAAAUUUAACUGAAAUGGUUAAACUUCCCGCUGAUGGGUCUGUGGAAUAUCUGCCACAGAAAAGUGAAAAUGUCACUUUCUCCUCAAAAAAUCAUUGCAUUGAAUUUGGCAAUAAUUAAAAGAUAUAUGCUUCGAAAAGAAUAAUCAUCAAUCAAGAAAUGGUUGGGAAAGCAUAUAUUCUCGAUCAAAAUGUGAGUUUGUCGAGGCUGAGUAUGGAUGAGAAACUACACACUGUCCAGCAGGUGGAGGCUCUAUUAUUCAAUUUAGAUAAAAUUCACGUCUGCGCCGGUUCUCGUAAACUGAAAGACGUUCCUAAAAUAAACUCCAAAACAGUAGUGAGAGACAUAAGCAAUGUUUGGCGACACACGCACUGUCUUUUGAUUGUGGAGGGAACUACAAUCUGUAACUUCUGUCUUAAGGCCAAAAGGACUGUGGCUAAAAGGCUCCAGACAUUGAAAAAGCAAACAGAGCCAAAGAAAUUGAAAAUUCCUUUGUCUCCUAUCAGAAAGAAGCAGUGGCUCAAAAUGAAGACCCGAAGCUUCGCUUACGCAGUGGAAUAAAGACACUGAUAAUUAUCACCCUAAUACGCAUUUUUAUAAAUUUAUAUUAUAUUUAGAAAGUCUCUUUGAAAUUCACCGAGACUCCUUACAUGUUUUCGACUUGAUUAUAACUGAUGUAUUAAAAUCAAAGCGAGUAUCGUUUCCAUGUACUGAACACGGUACAGAAAUGUUAGUGCACAUUAUUCAAUUUUUUUGUAAUGCGACGUAUGCAAGAGUAUUGCACUAGUCUAAAUGCGAGUCAAAUCAAAACUAAUCAAUACAAAAAAAAACAAUCGAAAUGGUGCACGUCGUAAUUCGUUUAUUAUUGAUAAAAGACUAUUGUGGUAUUGAAAAAAAGCAUCACUCAAUGUGUUCUGUAUAAAAGAAACCUGUUUUUUUAUUUGUUUUCGCCACAUUUUAUGUUUAAUAAAAAUGAUUAAAACAUUUGUUACUUUCGUCUUUUAUUA